CGCUCAUACAACGUUUCCGGAAUGAAACGUUUGGCAUAGUCGUCGUGCCAAAAUGAAAUGUAACUUCGCUAUUGUCAAUUUUGCACCGAACAAAUCGUGUGGAAAUUCUUUUAAAAGUAUCGUGCGCGGGUUUCACGCGCUAAAGUGAUGGGAUAAAAUAAGCCACGAGGGAGACGAGUUUCGAAUUUCGGCCCAGCAAGAAUGCAAGACAAGUCAAAAUGAACUUAUGAAGAAUAAAAAAAAAGAUUCUUUCCUUGUUGGAGAUUUGAUACUGUAACACAAUGCCCAGUUUUCCGGUGGAUACGCUGUACGUUUUGAAGGAGCGGAUUAGGGGCUUUUUGCCACAGCGUCAAUACGAGGACUUCGAAUCUGGAUAUGAAAAAGAAGGAGAUUUUCCACGAUACGCUGAUCUGGAUGGAGCUCCGGCGGCGCAAUUCGGUAGACUUGAUUCGGAAGACUCGAUGCCCAUGCCAGAAAGGCCCCCGUUACGACCCAUAGACAAAUACAUCAAACCAGAAUGCCCUUGUUUGUCUAAAAGAUACACAGUAGCUGUUUUAACAUGUCUAGGUUUCAUUAUUUCAUUUGGUAUGAGGUGUAAUAUGGGAAUGGCGAAAUUACAGCAAGACACUGGGGGUAAUUACUCAACGUAUGCAAAUCACAGGCUAUUCAACUGGUCAGUAGCAACAACUAGUGCGGUAGAUUCAUCAUUCUUUUGGGGUUACCUCGUGACACAGCUUCCAGGCGGGUUCUUGGCUUCCAUGUUUCCGGCCAAUAGGAUCUUUGGUUCUGCAAUCGUGGCAUCUGCUUGCUUGAAUAUGCUCGUUCCUGGGGUUAGCAGCGAUUCGAAUUUAUUAAUCGUUGUUCGCAUAUUUCAAGGAUUGGUCGAGGGUGUUACAUAUCCAGCGUGUCAUGGUAUUUGGCGACAUUGGGCACCUCCGUUAGAACGUUCUAGAUUAGCAACCUUAGCUUUGUGUGGAUCUUACGCUGGUAUCGUUAUAGGAAUGCCAUUAUCAGGCAUGUUGAUGAAGUACGUCAGUUACGGGGCUCCGUUUUACUUUUACGGUUUAAUGGGAGUCGUAUGGUUCACAUGUUGGAACUGGUUGAUAUUUGAGAAACCAAGUAAACAUCCUACGAUAUCGGUUCGAGAAUUGACCUACAUCGAAAAAUCACUCGGACAAACGAUCCAAAUGCCUAUGCCAACGAUGUCAACAACACCUUGGAAUGAGUUCAUACACUCGAUGCCCGUAUACGCCAUCAUAGUAGCCAAUUUUUGUCGAUCUUUUAAUUUUUACCUUUUAGUGAUGUACCAAGCGUUAUAUUUCAAACAGAAAUUCAAACUAACCGUAGCCGAGACCGGUUUUGUCGGAGCGCUUCCACAUUUAUUUAUGACGACGAUUGUUCCAAGUGGCGGUUUAUUGGCCGAUCAUUUACGUAAAAAGGGUAUCUUGUCGACGACGAUGGUUCGAAAAAUAUUCAACUGCGGAGGUUUCGGAGGCGAGGCGUUUUUCUUUUUAGUCGUAGCUUUUUCCAAUGACCAGUUCACCUCUGUUAUGGCUUUAACUUUCGGAGUAGCUUGUAGCGGAUUCGCCAUAUCUGGCUUUAACGUCAACCACUUGGAUAUAGCUCCGCAAUACGCCAGUAUUUUGAUGGGUAUAUCGAACGGAAUCGGUACAACGGCUGGAUUCAUCCUGCCUCCAGUUGUCGACUAUAUCAUUAGCGAUACUGAUCCUACUCAUUGGAAAACUGUCUUCUUGUUGGCUGCGAUGGUGCAUUUUUGCGGUAUCACGUUUUAUGGUACUUUUGCUUCGGGUGAAUUACAACCUUGGGCUGAAUCUAAAGGUAAAGAACAAAACCAAAUGGAAGAAUUCACCAACGGCGGUGCUCCUCCACCUUACGACGAAUUUACCAGAAAAACCAUCAGAGUUGUGAAAUACGGAUCUAUGGAACAAAACGAGCCCGCAUACUAUUCCAGACAAAUGUCCGAAGAUCGAGUUCAGCCUCCUUCCGAAGAUCAAUACAUGAAUGAAGAUAGGAAUCUGGAAGGAGAUAGAUCCGCAUCAACGAACCCAUUUCGUUAACUAACCAAAAAUCUUAUUUGUUUUUUUGUUUGUUUUAAUUAUUCUACCAUAUUAACGGUCUCAAAUAAUAUUUUAUCAUUGUAUUAAUUAUUGCAAAAAAACAUUGUGUUACCAUGUGAAUAUGUUGCCUCACGAGCGACGUAAAUUUCUCGAAUCUUAUUUUUUUUUUUUAUAAGUAUCGCGUAUUUAUUACAUAAGCAAUUUGUUGUUAUUUUUUUCCCCGUUGUCUCGUAUACUACGAUCUUUAUUUUCGUUAUUCGUUUCUUUAUUGUUAAGUAUAUUUGUGGUAGUAUUUACUACGUCGAGAUCUACAAUGGCCAAAAAGAAGUGAAACAUUGGCCUAAAAUUACCUAUACCUACCUAUAUCUUUUAUUGAGUUUUCAAAGAUGCAAGUUGAAGGAGAAUUUUAAGUAUUUUUGUAUCGUACGAUAAUUUUAAAAUUUUACAUAGGUAUUUACUCAUUAACCAUUUCGUAAAUCCGCCCAUUCUAUAAAUGAAAAACAUUGAUUUUAAUUCAAUUAUUAUUAGGGAAUUAUUUUAUUUGUUUGAGGAUCGAAAUUUGGAAGGUACAGUAAUACAAUAUUUUUUUUCCAUUUGACGGUCGAAUGUUUAUAAGGUUUAAAUUCAUCAUUUUCUUACGUAAUAAAACAGUUGGCUAAUGAAGUUUUUCAGGACUGAUUUGAGUCAUUCCACCUGAAUUUGACCAACUUUUUUGAGUCAUGUCCUUCGACUACCCACCCAAUAAGUAAGAAAUUCGCAAUCAGUUUGGUCCCGGCCUCCUCAAGGGAUGGGAGGCGGGGGAGGGGGCUUCCAUUAUUUUUACAUUGUCUCGAGGUACUCAACUUCAGCAGCACAUUCCUCCAAAGCUAUGAUACUUCGAUCAAAACUGAUUUCACAGUUAGAAAGGGCAUUGCUUUCUAAACUUUUUAAGCAUUUUGAAAUUUUCAAAAGUUGAAAGUUGAACUUUAAAAUUGAAAAUUCAAAUUUCAAAAUGACGCUGUAAGUGAGAGCUACCAUAUAAAAUUAUGAAAAAAUUCAUAUAGACGUAUUUUUUGAUGCUUUUUUGAAAUAUUUAAUUUUCGAGAUGGAAUCUUUUAAUGGAUGGGGAGCACCCCCUCCUCCAAAUUUGGGCAAAAAUUUCAAAAAAAAUCUGGAGCAUGUGAUAUAUUGAAUUGAAUGUUUUUAGUGACGCUGAACACGAAUAUGACGUCAGAUUUUUCAUUGGGCCUCAUCCACGGCCCCCAGCACCUCCCCAAAGGGGAUAAAAGUCAAAAAAAUGGUUUCAUUCGUGUGACAUAUCGUCACCCUAAUACGUAAAGUAUCUAACUCCAUUUUUUCUCAAAAAUGAGUUAUGAACACCAUCUGAAUGGUGAACACUUCAUAUGGAACUUCCGACCUUAAAAACUACUUUAGGCGAAUUCAUUGGUGUACAAUUCGCGUUCGAAGUCAGGAAAAUUAUCUAACUCCACUAAAGGAUAACGCACUGUUUAUUUAGCUACGUGAAACUGUUUCAUUUUUACGUUAAAUGAAAAUGAGUUAUAAACACCAUGUGAAAGGUGGACACUUCGUAUGGAACUUCCGAUGUUGAAAAUUACUUCAGGUGAAUUCAUUGGUGUACCAUCCACGUUUGAAUUCGAGAAAACUAUCUAACUCCACUCAAAGUGGCUUAAAAGGUGUCAGGUGAAAAAAAUUUUUACCAGAAUUUUUUUUUUACUAUAAUAAAUAACCUUAACUAUGUAACACCCAUCAAUAGUUGAUAAUGCUGUUUUUCGCAUUUCCUGAACAAUUUACAAAAAUGGAGUUAGAUAUUUUACGUAUUAGGGUGAUGAUAUGGAAUAGUAUGUUUUUGAUAUCUCUGAACACGAAUAUAGCCUUGGUUUUUCAAAUUGACCUCAUCCAUGGCCCCCAGAACCUCUCCAAAUAGGUAAAAGUCCAACAAAUAGGAACUGAUUUCCAUAUAUGAAGUCCAAUAAAAAAUCUGACAUCAUAUUUGAGUUCAGCGUCACCAAAAACAUACUAUUUCAUAUGUCGCACGAACAAAACACUUUUUUUACCCCAUUUGGGGAGGCGCUGGGGGCCGUGGAUGGGGUCCAAUCGAAAAUCUGAUGUCAUAUUCGUGUUCGGCGUCUCCAAAAACAUACAAUUCGAUAUAUCACAUGCCCCAGAUUUUUUUUUUGAAAGUUUUGCCCAAAUUUGAGUGAAGGGGGUCCUCCCCUUCGAUUAAAAGAUCCCAUCUUGAAAAUUGAUUAUUUCAAAAAGGCAUCUAUGGAAUUUUUUUCAGAAUUUUAUAUAGUAGCUUCCACUUACAGCGGCAUUUUGAACUCCCCCACCUGCCCCUAAGGGAACUGGGUUCCUUAAUAAUUGGGUGGGUAGACAUUGAAAAAAAAUUGAGCGAAAUCGAAAGACAUGAUUUUCAGAAUCGCAUUUUUUUGAUCGAAUUGACAUGGAAUGACCCAUUUGCUGUUCUCAACAAUUGCGAAUACUUUUCGUAGUUUUCAAAUAUCUGCGGACCUUUCAAUUGUUUCAUAAACUUUUUUUAUAAUUACUUUACAAAGAACCGUUUGUCUUCGCUACUUACAUAUAGAAUAAAUAAUUGAAUAAUAUUAACAAAACCUAUGUUCUGUUGAAAAAAAAAUAGUAAACUUCAAGUUGAAAUAUACCACGCGAUUUUUCCUCUUCAUCCUAAUGAUUUGAUAGGAAAUAUUGCACUCCCCCUCCCCCCAUUGAUCCUCAGAGACAACUUUUUUGAAAAGGAGGACAUCUUAAGGAUAAUUUUAAAAUAAACCAGCCUAUCACCAGCCAAAAUGUUAACCGCUAUAGUGCAUUUUUAGAUUUUUGGUGAAUUUUUGAAAAUCAAAUUUAGGCCAAAAACGAGAAAAAAAAAUCAAAAUUUCACCAAAUUGACCUGGAAAGCUGAAAUGUGGUUUUAUCCUCAUUUUCGACCUGUGAAAUCGAUUGGAAUUGGUUUCAAACCGUUUUGAGCAGUUCUGGUGCCUCCAUCAGUUUUUUGAAACUUGAUUUCCUCAAAAUCUCAUGAAGUUGGAAAUUCGAAAUUCACGCUGAACUCCAACUUACACACGCUGUUGAAUCGACUUCUGACGAGUUUGAGUCAUUUUGAAGCUUCCAGAGACUUUAUGGAAAUUCCUGGAGCCUCCAGCAACUUUUCAGAAACUCCAGUUUUCCACGAAACGCCAUUAAAUGUGUCUUCAACUCCAUUUGUUGAAAUUUUGUGAAAAAUUCACGUUUCUAAAAUCUACUGGAGGCUCCAGGAAUUCGCAGAAAGUAUCUGGAGGCUCCAAAAUGACUUCAACCCAGCUCGAGUCGACAUUGAUAGGGCGUUAAAAUAAGAAGAGUGUGGAGCGAAUCUCGUCCAACUUCAUUUGGAAAAAUUUUGUGGAAAUUUCAUGUUUAAGAAAUCUGCAGGAGGUUUCAAAACUGCUCAUAACGGUUCGAAAUCGUUUCCAAUCGAUUUAGCAGGUCAAAAGUAGGGUAUAAUCCAAAAUUUAAGCUUUGUAGGUCAAUUUGGUAAGAUUUUGAUUUUUUUCGAAUUUCUCAUUUUUGGUCCAAAAUUUAAUUUUUAAAAAUUGACUAAAAAUCGAACAGUUUGCACUCGAAAUUUUGGCUGUCACGUCAAAUGUCAAAAUUUUUGAUACACUUUCUGAUUAGAAAUUUUUUACCAUUAGUUUUAGAUACCUAUUUGCUUUUGAUUUUUUUCUAAUUUCUCAUUUUUUGUCCAAAAUUUAAUUUUUAAAAAUUGUCCAAAAAUCGAAAAUUGCAGUUUGCAUUUGAAAUUUUGGCUGUCACGUCGUCAAAUAUCAAAAUUUUUGAUACACCUUCUGAUUAGAAAUUUUUUACCAUUAGUUUUAGAUACCUAUUUGCUUAGUUGCGUGUAGGAUUUCUAGGUUAUAGAAAGAAAUAAUAAUAAUUUUAAGUAGGUAUUGUUAAAAUUGUAUCCUUUAAGCGUAUUUAAUUUUAAUUAAGAUUGUGUGAGAGGAUUUCUCGGCUGUGCAGACAAUAAUUAAUUAAGGACUUUUGCGAGCCCAUUCGCAUAUCAUUAAGUUGAUGUUGCUUUUAUUUUGUUUCGUUUUGUUUUUUGAAUUUGUUAAUUUUUAUGUACCUACCUAAUUCUUCAUCUUGUUUAUCAAGUCUUCGUCUCGAAGGCUUAUAAUUUUAAGUAUAUGAAAAUUUGUAAAAAUAUAUAUUUUUAGAAACUUUAAUCAAUUACUUAUUCUAUAUUAACCUUACCAGUUUACUCUUGAAAUUAGGUUAGAUAAGAAUCGCUUUCUUUAUAGUCAAAUUUCUAAGCGAAUGCUCAAACCUAUUUAAAUUUCAUUGAGCAAUAAAUAAUCUAUUUAUUUUGUAUUUAUCGAUUUUAUUAAGUAUAGGUAAUUUUCGUUUUAGGUAGCGUUUUUAUUGUAUAUUUUACAUUAUAUUUUUAAGCUGUAAGUAAGAAUUCGAUUUGAAUAUUUUAUCGUCGAAUUUGUAAUUCUUAUGUCAAUUUGAAUCGUUAUUACGAGGAGAUUCUUUUCUAUCAUUUCAAUUAGAUUCUGUUACUUAUUACAGCGAAUAUUGCUGUAUAAAUAUAGAACUUUAUAGUGGUAGGUAGUGUUAUGAGAGCGUUGUCAAUUUUGAUUUUUUUUUCGGCUUGAUUUUUCUUUUUUGUUUUUCUGUUAUUUAUUGAAUAAUCUAUACCAGUUUACUUAUAUCUUGUUACGUGUAUAGUUUUUACUAUAAAAGACUAUUAAGUUAUAUUUCACUUCUUAUUAAUUAUUUACCUAAUCGAAAGCAUGUAUAUUUUUUAAUAAUUCCGUUUUAACGUACGAGUAUUUUAUUGUAAAGAUAAUGUAGGGGUAUUCAAUAAACGUGGUUUCAUUUGAAUGUAUGAUAAUCGUGCCGUGUGUUUUUUAUUUCAUUUUAUUGGUAUGUACUUAUAGGUAUUGUGUUGUUUUAUUCGUGUAAAAGCCAUGAUUGGUAGUAUGUAUUUGUCUUUAAAAGUAAACUGGUGUACUCUGAAA